CGUUCAAACCCUUGACAAUCUAUAAUGUCUUUAAAGCAAGACCGAAGAAAUCGGUCCUGGAUUAGCCGUUUUCUAGCCUCCCUCCGUAGUGCAUUCAUGUCAGAGCCUCCUCCUGAACUCCCAGUUUUAAAGUUUCACUGUCCAGAUGGGCCUGAUAUCAAUAGUGCGUCCAUUUUGAGUUGGCGUUCCUCGAUGGCAGAUUCUUGGGACAAAACCCAGGGUAAUCUGUAUGCAAAGUGUGCACUGGCACGCAUGGAGUACUACAAAUGUGCUGGUCAUCCCGAACACGAGUUCCUCUUGUUUUAUUUCAGACACUGGAUCGAUAGCUGCUCCGCUCAGGCUGUAGUGUCUGCAGACCGUGCCAUGCAAGGACAAAACCGUUCCCUCAGACAAUCAUCUGAAUUAGCCUCUCCCUCAUCAUCCAACACCAACGCGUAUGACUCCGUAUCUAUUUAUGGUUCCCUCCACGAUGCAGUGCCAGAACUUCAAGUCAGAUAUACACAAUACAGCAGGCUCUGUACCUUUGACUUUCCUUUAUCUUCUGCGCCCUCAGCACUUCAAGUGUCCACCGUCCUGUCUCUGGUACACCUCCAGGCCCCGGCAUAUCAUUUGUACGAAAACCAAUGCUAUUGGUUUUUGAGCGCAGUGUGGGGCAGUUUGAAAGUGCUGUUCCCUAGUGAUCAAGACUCAGAGUGCGAAAACCAUCAUGCACGCGCGCGUUAUCGUGGGUUCGCAUUAGGAUCGCCAACUAAGGAUAUCAAGGCUGUAUGUGCUGCUUAUGAGCUCGAGUGGCAAAAGAUGUUGGAGACGCUUGAGCAGGUAAAGUGCUAUCACGAAGCUGAAGAGGCAAAGAAUCGACAGAAAUUGCACAUGGAGUUUGAGGUUGAAAAUGAGCCAUUUCGCCAAGCACAGCAGGCCGAAAUAGAACGACUUCGCCAAACAGAGGCGCAACAGAGGGCCGAAAUCGGGCAACUUCGUGCGAGGCUUGCAGCCUUAGAGGGCUGAUAUUUCAAAACAUCAUACAAAUUUGCCCCGUUCAUGUUCCAUCUCUCCUCCAUAUUCCGUAGUAUAAUAAAGAGG